AACUGAUUCCUCGCCCCAGCCUUAGUUUCCCUGUGUGUACCAGCGGGGGACUGGCCACUGGACGUCACUAUCAUCCUCUACUUGAGAGAACCUUGGGGAGCUGUGACUUCUGAGACGGGGUAGAGGAGGUGGGACUUGUUUCCCCCACAGGCAAGAGAGUGACAUGCAUGAGCUGGCACAGUGGUGCACACCUGCAAUCCUAACAACUCAGGAGGCUGAGGCAGGAGGGUCACAAGCAGCAGACAACCUAGCAAAACCCUAUCUCAAGAUUUGAAAAAAAAAAAAAAAUUUUUUUUUUUAAGGUCUGGGCAUGUAGCUCAGUGGUAGAGUGUCCCUGGAUUCAAUCCUCAGUCCUGGAAAAAGGAGAGAGAGAGACAGACAGAGAGACACGUUCAAGGACACAGCAGGAGCGGGAAGCAGAGCUAAGCCAGGGGCCUUGGUUCUGGUCUCACCCAGCUCCAGCCCAGCCCAUUCUGUUGUGGGCUCCUGGGUCCCCCAUGGUCACCCAGGGGGUUCCCCGCUCUCAACCCUCCAUGGCUGGCCCUGGUCAGGCCCCAUUACCCCUCCACUCUGUGGUUCCAACAGCACUUAACCAUCCCCUGAAUGGGCACUGCUCUUCCCCAGCUUGGGAUGCCCCUCCCCCUGCCUUAAGCUGGCCAACUCUUGCCCAAGGCCCUGCUCAGGGCAAUCUACCCAGCCUUCAGAAAGAGCCCCUCUGCCCAGUGCAUGCCCCUGCCAAAGUCCAACUUUCUGAGACAGGUGUGUUCAGCUCUGGAGGCCCCCACGCACCUGGGCCUGCUUGGCUCCUGGCAUUGCUGGCCCAGGGAAGUACUCAGGGGCUUCAACUCAGCAGUUCACAGCAGAGGUGGUCCAGUGCCCUUGGUUGCUGCAGCCUGCAAAGGUGCAGACCUCUCUCCUUGCCUGUGAUCCCUGCAGAGGAGGGACCUCACAGAGGAGAAAACUGAGGGACGAGGUCAGUAGUUCCCCCUGGCACCCCAAGUCCACAUUUUCUGGUGCCAGCCGCCUCGUCUUUUCCUGUAAGCGGUGUCGGCACUAGGAAGGACUGUGCUCAAGUGGCAGGUCUGGCUCUGGUGUUAAGCCCUCAAGUAGCCUUCAGGGACACGUUGAGGGUCAGCCACAGCUGGGGAUGGGCUACUGGGACCUCUGGUUCCUGCCUCCUUCCAGUCUAUGGGGUGAAUUCAGUUGGGGGAGGGACAGAGACAUAGAAAGAGACAGUGACGGAAAGAUGUGCAGAGGGGGCCAUCCCAGAAGACGACAUACGGAGACCCUGCACUCUGCUGAGGAGACAGGAAUGGGGAGGAGUCCCCAGGCAUUCCUCAGCAUACCUGCCCUUCCCAGCCAGGACCCUGGGGGAGCUCCAGCCCGGAGGUCCCCAUCCUGCCCACACACGUCUGCCGAGGCUGGGCUGGCUGCUGCCUCUGUCCCAGGACACUGCCCCCCCCACACACACACACCAAGAUUCUGAUAUAAUAGCCAAGCUUUGGUGUUUGACUCAAACUCUGCGAAUCCAGCAGCUGUGGGGUUUGAGAGGCUGUUUCUCCCUGAAAUUCGGGGGACAUUGGAGUCCUGGUACUCGGGACGCCCCCUUCCCUGGGGAAGGGAUCACCCACCCCACCCUUCCUACACGCAGUCCCCCAGCCAGAGUGGAGGCCCGACGCCCCGCGGCCAUCACGGGUCCCCGCCCCAGGCCGCCAUUGGCUGUUGCCAUGGCAUCAGCCCUUCUUCCCGCGCUGCCAUUGGCCGCUACGCCUGCAUCCCGCAUCCCGCAUCCUCCCCCGCUUGCGGUGGUCUAGCCCAGCGCUGGGAGCCGCGGCACCGCCUGGCCAGGCCUGGAUCAGGCUUUGUCCGCCCGGGAGCCCCUUGACCGUGCUGCGGAGACCCCGCCGUCCCGGAGCCCACGCCCAGUGGCCACCCCAGCCCCAGAUUUCUGGCGGGGCCCGCGGAGCUGUGCGAAGGGAGAGGCCCGGGGCCCAGGAGCCCCACCAACCCAGCUACAAGUAAGCGGUGCUGCAGGAGCUGAAGAUGACCAGCUCGAUGGCGUCCUAUGAGCAGCUGGUGCGGCAGGUGGAGGCCCUGAAGGCCGAGAACAGUCACUUGAGGCAGGAACUUCGGGACAACUCGAGCCACCUGUCCAAGCUGGAGACGGAGACCUCAGGCAUGAAGGAGGUCCUGAAGCGCCUGCAGGGGAAGCUGGAGCAGGAGGCCCGGGUGCUGGUGUCCUCAGGGCAGACCGAGGUGCUGGAGCAGCUGAAAGCUCUCCAAAUGGACAUCGCCAGCUUGUACAACCUCAAGUUCCAGCCACCUGCCUUGGGCCCGGAGCCCGCUGCCCGGACCCCAGAGGGAAGCCCGGUCCACGGCUCUGGGCCAUCCAAGGACAGCUUCGGGGAGCUGAGCAGGGCCACCAUCAGGUUGCUGGAGGAACUGGACCGGGAGCGGUGCUUCCUGCUGAGUGAGAUCGAGAAGGAGGAGAAGGAGAAGCUCUGGUAUUACUCACAGCUGCAGGGCCUGUCCAAGCGCUUGGACGAGCUGCCGCACGUGGAGACGCAGUUCUCGAUGCAGAUGGACCUGAUCCGGCAGCAGCUGGAGUUCGAGGCCCAGCACAUCCGCUCGCUGAUGGAGGAGCGCUUUGGCACCUCGGACGAGAUGGUGCAGCGCGCUCAGAUCCGCGCUUCACGCCUGGAGCAGAUUGACAGGGAGUUGCUGGAGGCACAGGACCGGGUGCAGCAGACGGAGCCCCAGGCGCUGCUGGCCGUGAAGUCAGUGCCCGUGGAGGAGGACCCAGACACGGAGGUCCCCGCGCACCCUGAGGAUGGCAACCCUCAGCCAGGCAACAGCAAGGUGGAGGUGGUCUUCUGGCUGCUGUCCAUGCUGGCGACCCGCGACCAGGAGGACACAGCUCGAACGCUGCUGGCCAUGUCCAGCUCGCCCGAGAGCUGCGUGGCCAUGCGCCGCUCAGGCUGCCUGCCGCUGCUCCUGCAGAUCCUCCAUGGCGCCGAGGCAGCGUCCGGGGGUCACAGCGGGACCCCUGGUGCGCUGGGUGCCAAGGACGCACGCAUGCGAGCCAAUGCCGCGCUGCACAACAUCGUCUUCUCACAGCCGGACCAGGGCCUGGCGCGCAAGGAGAUGCGCGUCCUGCACGUGCUGGAGCAGAUCCGGGCCUACUGCGAGACCUGCUGGGACUGGCUGCAGGCGCGGGACGCGGCGCCCCAGGGAGAUGGCCCCGGCAGCACUCCUGUCCCCAUCGAGCCUCAGAUCUGCCAGGCCACCUGUGCGGUGAUGAAGCUGUCUUUUGAUGAGGAAUACCGCCGUGCCAUGAAUGAGCUGGGUGGGCUGCAGGCAGUAGCAGAGCUGCUGCAGGUGGACUAUGAGAUGCACAAGAUGACCCGGGACCCGCUCAACCUCGCCCUGCGCCGCUAUGCCGGCAUGACCCUCACCAACCUCACCUUCGGGGAUGUGGCCAACAAGGCCACUCUGUGUGCCCAUCGGGGCUGCAUGGAGGCCAUCGUGGCCCAGCUGGACUCAGACAGUGAGGAGCUGCACCAGGUGGUGUCCAGCAUCCUGCGCAACCUGUCCUGGAGGGCGGACAUCAACAGCAAGAAGGUGCUGCGGGAGGUUGGCAGCAUGACCGCACUGACGCAGUGUGUCCUGCGGGCCUCCAAGGAGUCCACCCUGAAGAGCGUGCUCAGCGCCCUGUGGAACCUGUCGGCCCACAGCACCGAGAACAAGGCGGCCAUCUGCCAGGUGGACGGCGCCCUGGGCUUCCUGGUGAGCACGCUCACCUACCGGUGCCAGGGCAACUCCCUGGCGGUCAUCGAGAGCGGCGGCGGCAUCCUGCGCAACGUGUCCAGCCUCAUCGCCACCCGCGAGGACUACAGGCAGGUGCUGCGGGACCACAACUGCCUGCAGACGCUGCUGCAGCACCUCACCUCGCACAGCCUGACCAUCGUGAGCAACGCCUGCGGCACGCUCUGGAACCUCUCGGCUCGCAGCCCCCGUGACCAGGAGCUCCUGUGGGACCUGGGGGCCGUGGGCAUGCUGCGGAACCUGGUGCACUCCAAGCACAAGAUGAUCGCCAUGGGCAGCGCGGCUGCCCUGCGCAACCUGCUGGCCCACCGGCCUGCCAAGUACCAGGCAGCGGCCACGGCCGUCUCCCCCGGCACCUGUGUGCCCAGCCUGUACGUGCGGAAGCAGCGGGCGCUGGAGGCUGAGCUGGACACCAGGCACCUGGCACAGGCCCUUGGUCACCUGGAGAAGCAGGGCCUGCCUGAGCCAGAGACGGAGCCCACCUCCACGAAGCCGCUGCCGUCCCUGCGUCACUUGGACGGCCUGGCCCAGGACUAUGCCUCGGACUCGGGCUGCUUUGACGACGACGAUGCGCCCUCCCUGGCGGCCACGGCCGCUGCCGCCGAGCCUGCCAGCCCAGCCGUACUGUCUCUGUUCCUGGGCAGCCCCCUCCUUCAGGGACAGGCCCUGGCCCGCACCCCGCCCGUCCGCCACAGCAGCCGGGAGCCUGAGAAGGAGGCUGGUGGGGAGGCCACGGUGGCAGCCAAAGCCAAGGCCAAGUUGGCGCUGGCGGUGGCCCGGAUCGACCGGCUGGUGGAGGACAUCUCCGCCCUGCACACCUCUUCCGAUGACAGCUUCAGCCUCAGCUCUGGGGACCCAGGGCAGGAGGCGCCGAGGGAGGGCCGGGCCCCAUCCUGCUCGCCUGGCAGGGUCCCCGAGGGUGGGAGGAGGGAGGCCAGCAGCCGGGCCCACCCGCUGCUGCGGCUCAAGGCAGCGCACGCCAGCCUCUCCCACGACAGCCUCAACAGCGGCAGCACCAGCGACGGGUACUGCCCACGGGAGCACCUGCAGCCCUGUCCACUGGCUGCACUGGCUGAGCACCGUGAGGACCCCCUGAACGGGCAGGCGCGGCCCAGCCGGCUGGACCUCAACCUGCCAGGGAGCCAGGCUGAGCCACCUGCCAGGGACAUCGCAGCUGCUGAUGCCCGCAUCAGAACCAUCAAGCUGUCGCCCACCUAUCAGCAUGUGCCACUGCUUGAAGGGGCAGCCGGGACGGGGUCACGGCCCCUGGCUCAGCCUGGGGCCUCCCCGGGGGCUCGAAAGCAAGCCUGGGUGCCGGCAGACGGCCUGAGCACAGUGCCCGAGAAGCUGGCGGCUGCCCCGGUGCCCAUGGCCAGCAAGGUGCUGCAGAGGCUGGUGGCCCAGGAGGGGCCACUGUCCCUCUCGCGCUGCAGCUCACUGUCCUCACUGUCCUCAGCCGGCCACCCUGGCCCCAGUGAGGGUGGCCACCUGGAUGACAGUGACUCUUCCCUGGAGGGGCUGGAGGAAGCUGGCCCUGGGGAGGCUGAGCUGGAUGGGUCAUGGAGGGGGCCUGGGUCUACCUCGCUGCCAGUGGCCAUUCCCGCACCCCGCCACAGCCGCGGCCGGGGCCUGGGGGUGGAAGAUGCCACACCCUCCAGCUCUUCAGAGAACUGCGUGCAAGAGACACCCCUGGUGCUGAGCCGCUGCAGCUCAGUGAGCUCUCUGGGCAGCUUUGAGAGCCCUUCCAUCGCCAGCUCCAUCCCUAGUGACCCCUGCAGUGGUCUGGGCAGCGGCACGGUCAGCCCCAGUGAGCUGCCCGACAGCCCCGGGCAGACCAUGCCACCCAGCCGUAGCAAGACACCGCCGGUGCCAUCGGGCCAGCCCGAGGCCAGCCAGUUCAGCCUGCAGUGGGAGAGCUACGUCAAGCGCUUUCUGGACAUUGCCGACUGCCGCGAGCGCUGCCGGCCGCCCUCUGAGCUGGACGCGGGCAGUGUGCGCUUCACCGUGGAGAAGCCAGACGAGAACUUCUCCUGUGCGUCCAGCCUCAGCGCCCUGGCUCUGCAUGAGCUCUACGUGCAGCAGGACGUGGAGCUGCGGCUGAGGCCGCCCGCCUGCCCUGACCGGAGUGGGGGCGGGGGCCAUCGCCGCCGAGAUGAGGCCAGUGGCCGCCCAGAAGGACCAGCACCAGGAGGCUCUCGAGCCCGUGCAGCUGCUGAUCAGGAGUUGGAGCUGCUUCGAGAGUGCCUGGGGGCCGCUGUGCCAGCUCGGCUCCGCAAGGUAGCCUCGGCUCUGGUGCCUGGCCGCCGGGCGCUGCCAGUGCCCGUCUACAUGCUGCUGCCUGCCCCAGCCCGGGACGAUGACUCUGGCACCGACUCAGCUGAGGGCACACCUGUCAACUUCUCCAGUGCUGCCUCCCUCAGCGAUGAGACCCUGCAGGGUCCCCCCAGGGCCCAGUCCCGGGAGGCGGCAGACAGGCAGAAACCCACAGGUCCUGCAGCCCCUACCAGGCAGGCAGCCGGGCACCAGACCAAGGCCGGGGGCAUUGGCAAGAGCAUGGAGCAGUCCUGGGGCACAGGCAGGAAUCGGGCAGGGCUGGAGCUACCCCUCAGCAGGCCCCUGAGUGCGCACUCCGACAGAGAGGCCUCGCGCCAGGGCCGGUCCAGCGGGGACGGAGGGCUGCAGUCGCUGUGCCUCACGACGCCCACCCAGGAGGCUGUGUACUGCUUCUGCGACUCUGAUGAGGACCUGGAGCCGGCAGCCACAGCUCCAGCCCCCCAGAGGGCAUCUGCUAUACCCCGCGCUCUAAAACGGGAGGGCCUGAUGGGUAGGAAGGAGGCCCGGGCCCCAUCCAAGCUCCCCUCAACUGUCCCGCCACCUGCAAGGGCCCAACCCAGGCUGAUCGCGGAUGAGACUCCCCCCUGCUACUCCUUGAGCUCCUCGGCCAGCUCCCUCAGUGAGCCCGAGCUCUCCGAGCGGCCAGCCAGUGGUCCACGAGGUCAGGAGCCAGCAGUCACCAAGGACCCAGGCCCGAGCAGUGGACAAGAGAGCUCCCCAAGCCCACGGGCUGAGGAGGAGCUACUGCGGAGGUGCAUCGGCUCAGCCAUGCCUAGGCGGCGGCCCCAAGCCUCAGGCCCUCGGCGUCGCAAGCCCCGAGUCACACGGCUGGACAUCCGGCCAGCAGAGGUACCUCAGGGGUGCAGUGAGGAGGUGGCAGGCUCAGACCCAGCCUCGGACCUGGACAGCGUGGAGUGGCAAGCCAUCCAGGACGGGGCCAACUCCAUUGUUACGUGGCUGCACCAGGCGGCGGCAGCGGCCACCAUGGAGGCCUCCUCAGAAUCUGACUCCCUCCUGUCCUUGGUGUCUGGGCUGUCAGGGGGCCCCACCCUGCCGCCCUCCAAGCACAGGAAGGGGAGACAGCCCGGAGCAGGGGCCAAGGUGGGCAGUGCCCAGCGGCCAGAGAAACGGGGCCUGGCCAUAAGCAAGAGCAGUGGGAGCCCCCGCUCACCUGCAGGCCCUGAGAAGGGGCACCUCGCUCAGAAGACUGUGCCUGAGGGGCCUGCUGUCCUUCGGGGUCGCACCGUGAUCUAUGUGCCCAGUCCUGCCCAUCGAGCCCAGCCCAAAGGCAUCCCUGGCCCCCGUGCCACACCCAGGAAAAUGGGGAACCCUGGCCCCACACAGCCAGAGGCCAAGGCCAGAGCCUCCAACCCUGGGCAGCAGCGGUCCCGGAGCCUGCACCGGCCUGGCAAGAAUUCAGAGCUGGCAGAACUGAGCCGCCCACCUAGGAGCGCCACACCACCUGCCCGCCUGGCCAAGACCCCAUCCUCCAGCUCCUCCCAGACCUCUCCCGCUUCCCAGCCCCUGCCCAGGAAGUCCCCUCUGGCCACCUCGGCUGCAGGUCCCCUGCCUGGCCCCGAGGCGACCCCGCUACCCAAGACGCCUGCUCGGGCCCUUCUGGCCAAGCAACACAAGACACAAAAGUCGCCCGUGCGGAUCCCGUUCAUGCAGAGGCCGGCUAGACGGGGGCCGCCGCCGCUAGCCAGGGCAACCCCAGAGCCGGGUCCCAGGAGCCGGGCGGCAGCCGAGGGAGUCCCGGGGACGCGCGGGGGCCGCCUGGGCCUGGUGCGCGUGGCCUCGGCCCGCUCCAGCGGCAGCGAGUCCUCCGACCGCUCGGGAUUCCGGCGGCAGCUGACCUUCAUCAAGGAGUCGCCGGGCUUGCUGCGUCGACGCCGCUCCGAACUGUCCUCAACAGAGUCCGCAGCCUCCGUCCCCCAAGGCGCUUCACCCCGCCGCGGCCGGCCCGCGCUCCCGGCGGUGUUCCUCUGCUCCUCGCGCUGCGACGAGCUGCGGGCGGCCCCGCGGCAGCCCCCAGCCCCUCAGCGCUCCCCCGCCGCGCGCCCCGGGCCCAGCCCCGGACCCGGCCCGCGCGCGCCCCGACGCACCAGCUCCGAGAGCCCGUCGCGCCUGCCCGUGCGCGCGCCCGUCCCGCGGCCCGAGGCGGUCAAGCGCUACGCCUCCUUGCCGCACAUCAGCGUGGCCCGAAGGUCCGACGGCGGCGUCGCCGGGUGCCCGGCCCCCGCCGACGCCACUCGCCGCAGCAGCGACGGGGAGGCCAGGCCGCUGCCCAGGGUGGCGGCGCCGGGCACCACGUGGCGGCGCAUCCGGGACGAGGACGUCCCGCACAUCUUGCGUAGCACCCUGCCCGCCACCGCCUUGCCGCUCCGGGGCGCCUCGCCCGAGGAGGGCCCGGUCGGGACCCCGCAGCGCAAGACCAGCGACGCUGUGGUGCAGACGGAAGAGGUGGCCGCCCCCAAGACCAACUCCAGCACCUCUCCGAGUCUGGAGAGCAGAGACCCACCGCAGGUCCCCGCGGGAGGCGCCGCCGGCCUGGGCAGCGAGGUGGACGGGCCCGGCUCCGCCAAGGCAUCUGCCUCCGUCCCCUUCGUCCACGAGGGCCCGGGGGUCGCUGUCGGGGGCUUCCCCGCCAGCCGGCACGGCUCCCCCAGCCGCGCCGCCCGGGUCCCACCCUUCAACUACGUGCCCAGCCCCAUGGCCUCGGCAGCUUCCAACGACUCGGCUGUAGAGAAAGCGGCGGCCACCGCCCCUGCCAGCCUCCUGGAAUAACGGCCUGGGCCGGCGUCCAGAAAUCUCUCCUGGCCCUGCGGCCGGUCUGGCUGCCCCGCGGCCCGCUCCGUAGAUGCUCUGAGCAGGCUGUGCAGGGCCACCGCCUCGCCAUCAGCCUCGCUUAGGCCAGGACCUUGCUUGUGCACCGCGGGGCUCCAUGGGAAAGGCUCGGCCCUUCAGCCCAGGUCGGGCGGGACGGGAAGCGGGUCACUAGCACAGACCUCAAGCUGCCUCUGCGGAGCCACCGUGCGGAGGCUCACCUGGGGGCUAGGUGGGACAGCCUCUGGGUCGCCUUGUUCUGUGCACCUGGGCAGUCCUCAGGAGAGUAGGCAGUGUCCCCCAAGGUGUGGGGACCAGCUGGGGGAGGGUGGCUUGACUGCCUACCAGUUGGGGCCCAGGCAUCUGCCGUGCAGGGUGAGGCCUGUAAUUACUGCUUCUGGUAAUUUGUUAAUGACGGCUUGGCUGGUUUGUUUGCCUUCGGAGCCCAGCUGUGAGGGAGCCCGGGUGAGGGUGCGGCUGAGCCCCACAGACUGCAGCUCUGGAAGCUGGGAGCAGCCAUCCUAGGGGCUGCCACGAGAGGACAGCCAGGUCAGCCUGGCCCUUGCACCGAGUGGGGGAUGACAAUGGGGGCCAGGCAGGCCUCUGUAGACAGAAAAGGUGCCGGGGAGGGCUGACCUCUUGUCUCCACCACUGCCAACUGUCAGGGGUCCUUUCCACUCCUCCGAGCGGCCCUGGUGGUCAGUGGAGUCAGAACCAGCCCUAAUGGAUGAGGAGGGGAGAGUCCCUGGAGGAGGCUGUGGCUUACAACCUGUGCUUUAAAGGGGUGGUCACUGGGAGCUCUUCCUCCAGGAUGGCCGCCGCCCCUGCUGGUUCUGCCUUCCAUUUCCCCUCCUUCAUUACGCAUGCAGGGGUAGCCCUAGGCUGGGCCCGACGUCCAGGUGGGCUUUGCGGUGGGGUAUGGAGCCUGGGUACCAAGGUGCCAGAUGCGUCGGGGGGUACAGGGAGCCUGGGGGGCCACAGUUGCUCCAAUUCAGCCCCAGCUGCCUGGUGGUCAGAGAAGCUAACAGGGUGCCCCAGGAGCCAGACCUCGGGAGACCUGGGCCAGUGUGUGCAGAGGCACCAGGGAGGCCUGUGGGGGCUGGUGUUCCACCAGCUUGGGCAUCUUCCUGCAGAGAGAGCCAGCGACCUCUUUCCUGCAGGACCUGACUCUGCCAGAGGACCUGCUGCUGAGCCAUCUGUGGUGGCAGGUCCCAAGGGGCAGGUGCUGUUCCGCAGGCUGGUUUUAAGUCCCUCGGGUGGGAGGAGGGAAGCAGGUUGGGCAGCUGGGUGGGAGGCACUCUGAAGGAACCCCCUGCCCACCAUGGGCACCAUGGUCCCUCCUUGGCAGGUCCUCAGCACAGCUGGCUGAGGUCAGGGAGGAGGCAGACAUCAGUCUCCCCGGAUGCCCCUCUGUGGGAGUUGACAGACCCCACCCUGGAGAUGAGGCACCCCGUCCUCCCCACACACCAGCGCCUUCUCCAAAACACGGCACCCUGCACGGCCCACCUACCCAGGACGCUGGGCAGGAUGGCCGUGCUCCCACACCCCCAAACUGCAGUCCCAGCGGCAGGUGCUGGGGACAUGCAAUUCCCACCCCUAGAACACUGCCUGCCAGGCCAGGCUUCUGAGUCUCUGGAGCAAAGGCCCCGGGGUGGCUGGGAGAGGGGACUUCGGCCUGCUGCGUCGGAAACCUUGUCCCCAGCUGUAGCCUACCUGUCCUCUCAUACUUGCCACAAGCAGCUGGGCCCUGGCGUGGCCUGUUGGUGAGGGGACAGCAGCAGAUGGACUGCAGCCUUCCCAGCUCAAAGGCCAGGUGCCCACAGGGCCGCCUGGGCCUCAGUCUCUCCAUGUGGGCCCUGGGGGGGCUCCCGGAGCUACCUCUCAGGCAAGCAGUGGCCAUUGUGAUGGGAGGCUCCCGGGGGCUGUCCUCAGCCCUGGACACAGCUCACACCACAGCUGGUACACAAGGGGCCAUGUGCUGCCAGCUGCUACCUCCUGCUGGGCCCCCUACCAAGCGGCCACUGUUGCUUUCUGUGUCCCCUUCAGAGGCAGGAACAGCCACAGGGCAUCCUUCUGCCCAGGCAGGAGGUGAAGGCAAGAGCCAGAAGGGCAGCUGGUGGCGUGGACAAUCAACCCCAGGCCUCUGGAGCAUUCUGGGGCCAGCCCAAGAGAACUGAAGACGGGGCCCACAGUUGGAGGGGAUGACCACCACCUGGGUGCUUACCCCACCCCCACCCCCCUCCCCAACCUGCAGCUGGUCGCCGGCUCUUGCUGCUGCCAGCCGGGUUCUAGCAGCAGGCCUAUUACACACUUGUAAAUAGCUCCGGCCCGGCCCUGCCCACCCCACAGGUGAAGCCAUCUGUCUGGCAGGACAAUGCCCACCAGGCGUCCACUUCUCUGCGUCUUGAAUAAACUGCGCUGUGAACUGCC